AUGUCUUCAAUUCGACGCAUGGCACCCUUGGUGCUACCGGCUACCAGCCGCCACACCGCGACCGUCAUCUUCAUCCACGGCCUGGGUGACACCGGUCAUGGCUGGGCCGAUGCUGUGGAGCAGAUGAAACGUUCGCGCAACCGCCUCGAUGAGGUCAAGUUCAUCCUGCCUCACGCGCCCACGAUCCCCAUUACCAUGAAUGGCGGCUUCCCCAUGCCCGGCUGGUUCGACAUCAAAGCCCUCGGCUAUUCUGUUGACUCCCUCGGCGCCAAGUCUGUUGACGAGGAUCGGCCUGGGAUCCUCCGGUCGCAGGAGUACUUCCACGGCCUCAUUCAGGAGGAGAUAAAUGCUGGAAUCCCCUCUGAGCGCAUCAUCCUCGGCGGCUUCUCGCAGGGUGGCGCCAUGAGCAUUCUGAGCGGCCUCACGGCCUCCGUCAAGCUGGGUGGCAUCGUCGGUCUCUCUUCUUGGCUACUACUUUCACAAAGCUUCAAGGACCUCGUUCCCGCGUCCAACAUCAACAAGGCGACGCCGGUUCUCAUGGGCCACGGCGACAUUGACCCGUUGGUCCGCUUUCCCCUGGCCCAGGACAGUGAAAAGACUCUCAAAGAUUUGGGCUACGAUGUGACGAUGAAAGUGUACAGGGGCAUGGAGCAUUCCGCAUGCUUGGAGGAGCUCAGCGAGGUCGAGGCUUUCUUGGCCAAGCAGCUCCCCGCCAAGGGCAAGACAGAACUCUAG